CUUGCAAGGACAGGAUCGUCAGUCGGUGGCUGGCUCUCGUGUGGUGAGCUUCACGUCUCCUCACUCCUCCAUAGCUCUCUCUCUCCCUCUCUCUCCAGGUCAUCUCGCUUCAGCUCUAUUCACUAACAUGGCACAGAUCUCCAAGCGUCAGAAAACUGUCAACGCUUCUAAGGAUGAAGAGUUCUUCCCAGGAUUCGGGAAGGUGGAGUAUAAACCUGAAGCUGGCGCCAACGAGACCUUGGUGUUCCGCCAUUAUGACGCCAGGCAGGAGGUCCUGGGCAAAACCAUGGAGGACUGGCUGCGCUUUUCUGUCUGCUACUGGCAUUCCUUUCGUGGAGUAGGUAUGGACCCGUUUGGCAGUGCAACCAUCAAACGCCCUUGGGAGGACGGCACCGACUCCCUCGAGAACGCUAAACGUCGACUUCGUGCUUCUUUUGAAUUCUUCUCCAAGUUGGGCAACAAAUAUUGGACUUUCCACGACCGGGACGUGGCCCCCGAGGGUGAAACACUGGCAGAGACUAAUGCCAACCUGGAUGAAAUAGUUGAUCUAGCCGCUGAACUGCAAAAAAAGACUGGCGUCAAGCUCCUCUGGGUCACGUGUAACCUAUUUUCUCACCCAAGGUACAUGCACGGAGCCGCGACCAGCUGUGACGCCCACGUGGCGACCUACGCCGCUGCCCAGGUGAAGAAAGGACUGGAGGUUGCCAAGAGACUUGGAGCAGAAAACUUUGUGUUCUGGGGAGGCCGGGAGGGCUACCACUCGCUCCUCAACACUGAUGUUAAGGCUGAGCUCGACCACCUCGCCUCCUUCUACAAGAUGGUUAUCGCUUACAAGGAUAAGAUUGGGUUCAAAGGUCAACUGCUGAUUGAACCAAAGCCCAAGGAGCCAUCACGUCACCAGUACGACUAUGAUGCCCAGACAGUCAUGGCCUUCCUCCAUCAGUAUGGACUUGCAAAGCAUUUCAAACUCAACAUUGAGCCCAACCACACUACCCUGGCCGGUCACCCUUAUGAACACGAUAUUAUCUUCGCGUCAGCAUAUGGCAUGCUUGGCAGUAUUGAUGCCAACACUGGCUCCCCAGACUUGGGAUGGGACACCGAUCAGUUCCCUAUGGAUAUUCGUAGCUGCACUAUGGUCAUGAAGACUGUGGUUGAACAGGGAGGCGUGGCCCCAGGCGGCCUCAACUUCGACGCCAAGGUGCGCCGGGAGUCCACGGAGCUCCGAGACCUGUUCGUCGCCCACGCUGCCGCCAUGGACACUUUUGCCCGCGGUCUGAAAAAUGCCGCCAAGAUCAUAUCUGAAGGGAUUUUAAGGAAGUCUCUAAAUGCUCGCUAUUUGUCAUGGAACUCUGGAACUGGCGCCAAGAUUGCAUCAGCUGAAGCCACGCUGGAGGAGUGUGAGAAGUAUAUCUUUGAAAACGGGAACCCAAAGCCAGGCUCGGGUCGCCAAGAACAUUUUGAGGCGAUGUUGAAUCAUUACAUCUAGUGUUGAAAAGCUUAUACACUCAACAACACCAUCAUAGAGGGAAGUAAAGGCAGACAUAUUUACCACAUGUCUGAAAUGGGAUAAUAACUAUAGUGAAUUUUUCAGAGGAGGACUGGAACUGAGCCUGUGUGAGUGUCUGUGUUUACAACAUUUGAGAUAAACAACUAUUUGUACUAUACUGCCCUGCACAAUAUUAGUAUGCGCUACUGUGCAAUCAUUGAUGGAGAGAUAUGUGGAGCUUGCGCUCUUUAUUAGAAAGAAACCCUUAGAAAGGCAAUAAAUUUAAAGAAUAUACAGAAGUAACUGAGAAUGUUGUGUAGAGAGCCUAAGACACUAUCUCCACAACCGGGCUAUCCAUAAGUACAGGCGCAUUGCCUUACCAGCAAGUGCCAGGUUUUCACGAAUAAACCCAAAUUAGUAAUACCUACAACGGCUUAAUUCUUCCAAUACGAGAGGCCUAGUUUAUUUCUUAACCGACCGCAUACAGGCAUCUCCUAAGAGGGCUUUCAUAUACCGGACCAUCACAUGUACCCCAAGAAUGGAACUCCAGCCUCUCUGUUCAUCGUUUUGAGCUUGGCAUUGCCACUGAAGCGUCAAUACCUCUAACUAUCCUACAUCAGUGUGGAACAUCACUAAUAUGUUACCUAGGGCUAGGUGAUGUGUCCGGCCAGCCUAAUACAAGAGGUAAACCAAAGAGGAAACAUCUUCUCAUGCUGAUUGUGGUGUUAAUUUAUGUAGUUUAUAAUGAAUUCCAUGGCCAUCUUAGCGGCAGUUAGUUUAGUUCUUAUUGCACCCAAACCCAUGCUGUGAGGGAUGGUGGGAAAUGUUACACAGGUACAUAAUAGCCUCACGAACUGAACUACAAAAUUCAAUUAGCUAAGCAAAUUACAGUCUUGAUUAGCUAGUUACACGGCUUAACAUAUGUAUCAACAGUUCUUAUAUCAUAUACAGUAAUAGGUUGAGGAAUUCAACACUGAAAUUCGUUUAGCUAAGUAAGUGGCAGCCUUGAUAAGCCAGUUACAUGGCUUGUUGCAGUAUACGUCAACAGUCAGUUCACAUUCAUUAUUAAACUAACAUAACCGUGAUCUCCAGAAAUCCUAACACAACGAGUGAAAGUUGAUUUUUUCCCUCUAACUUUGAAUUCCACCUCUCUAUCUUUGCUCUCUCCCUCCAUUUAAUUAUUUCUACUUCCCUCUACCUAUUAUUUCUACCGCCUUUCCUCACUACAUCCCUUCCUCCCGCCCUCUUUUCCUCUACCUCCUCUCUCAACCUGGCCUUCGGCUCUACAUUUCAAGAUUACACACCUGGCACUAGAUAGACUAACCAACUCCGGUAUUUGGCUUAAGGUCUAGAUCCCACCAAUCAUCAUAUGUAUCUUCUUGCAGACCCUUCUUCCAUUAAUAUCCUCUCACCUUCACUACACCAGUCUGCACACACUACACCAGCCUGUACUCAUGAUAUCCCCGUUAGUUAUAACACCUCUGUUAUAGCAUUUUUUUUAUCGCAUGGUGAGGCAUGCCUCCAUGCAGGAAGAUCUUAACCUAACGGUAGAGGAUCGGUCUCGCUUCGUGCAGGUCAGCGUUCUAUUCCCGACCGCCCAAGCGGUUGGGCACCAUUCCUUUAUCCCGACCCAUCUCAAAUCCUUAUCCUGACACCUUUCCCAGUGCUAUAUAGUCGUAAUGGCUUGGCGCUUUUCUCCUUCCCUCGAUGCUUGUUUGACGCACUCAACUGUGCACUCGUUCAACGAGCCAGAGUGUAUUGACAUUAUGCUAAUUUUCA